AUGGGCGAGCACACGCGCCUCGCCCCCAAGGCCGCCCUGGCUGCCAGCGCCUUCUGCUCGUCGGCGUCGUGCUCCCCCGGGCGCGGCGCGGGCGCCUCCGGAGGGCUCCGGCUGGAGGCGGUGAUGGAGAACCUGCAGCGGGCGCAGGCGGCGCGCCUCGAGGAGAAGCUGCGCCGGGCGCAGGAAGCGGGCCGCCGCCGCUGCGCCCGGCGCUGGAGACGCGCGCCCCCCCCGCCUGCCGGCCCGACGGCGCCCCCGCUGGCGCUGCGCCUCUUCCCGGCGGGCGGGCUGCCCUCGGCCCGCGCCCCGCCGCCGCCGCCGCCGCCGCCGCCCCCUGCGCGCCCCCUGCCCGACGCCGCCGACGCCCGGCGCCGCGCCGCCUUGCGCCCCGAGGAAGAGGAGGGCGGCGGCGCCCAGGAAGAGGACGACGACGACGAGGAGGAGGACGAGGAGGGGGAGGAGGAGGAGGAGGAGGAGGAGGAGGAAGGCGAGGGGGACGAGCCGGAGCGAGCGGAGGAAGGCGCCGCCGCCGCUGCGCCCCACCACCCGCCGCCGCCGCUGCGCCCCGCCGCCCUGGCCUCGCCGCCGCCGCCCCCCGCCCCGCAACAGCCCCACGAGUGGACCUACGAGGAGCAGUUCAAGCAGCUCUAUGAACUGGACAGUGACCCCAAGCGCAAGGAGUUCCUGGACGAUUUGUUUGGCUUCAUGCAGAAGAGAGGGACCCCCGUGAACCGGAUCCCCAUCAUGGCCAAGCAAGUGCUGGACCUCUACACCCUCUACCGGCUGGUCACCGAGAAAGGGGGCCUGGUGGAGGUCAUCAACAAGAAAAUCUGGCGGGAGAUCACCAAAGGCCUCAACCUGCCCACCUCCAUCACCAGCGCGGCCUUCACGCUCCGCACCCAAUACAUGAAAUACCUCUACCCCUACGAGUGCGACAAGCGUGGGCUCAGCUCCCCCGGCGAGCUGCAAGCAGCCAUCGACAGCAACCGGCGGGAAGGGCGGCGGCAGACCUUCGGGACGACGCUGUUCAACUACUCCCCGGUGGGCACCCCGGUGGGCGUCCUGCCUCCCCCCAAGAUCCCCAUACCCUCCCUCACCAUCUCCACGCACAACUGCAGCCAGAUCAGUCAGGUGCACGCCAUCAAAAAGGAGGAAAGCAUCCUUUCGUCGGCGGUGCCCGGCCGCAUCGCCAUCCCCGUCAGCCUAGCCGGGCAUCACUUGGUGGCGGCACAGGCAGCAGCAUCUCAGGCAGCUGCGCUGGAGCAGUUGCGGGAGAAGCUGGAAACCGGUGAGCCGCCCGAGAAGAAGAUGGCGCUGGUGGCUGAGGAGCAGCAGCGCCUGGUCCAGCACGCCCUCCAGCAGAACCUCCUGGCCAUGGCCUCCCAGUUCCCGGUCAACAUCAAGAUCAACAACCGUGGAGAUGACAGACAGGAAGCUGCAUUGAACUUGUCCACCAACGGCAUUAGCAGCAUCAACAUGUCAAUAGAAAUAAAUGGAGUUGUCUACACAGGUGUGCUGUUUGCCCGAAGGUCCGGCAUCACAGGAGGUGCUGGGGGCGCCCAUAGUCACAUCAGCCCGGUGACGUCCCAGAGCCAGCUGCUGUCCACAGCCUCGCGCGGUCACACUCCGGCCAGCACCUCGCCAUGA